AUGGCGAGGAUAAUCCCUAUGGCUUUAUCUAUUAGACCCUCGCUCUCCUCUUCCAGGUCUGGCUUUGUUGUUUCUCGUUGCUCGCCCCCUUAUCAUCGCAGGCUCAGUUUAUCACAUCUCAGCAGUGCUAUGCCUCAGUUUCAAUCCUUCGGGCUUACAGCUUCAAAGUUAUUUAGAGGAGAGGGUGGCAGGAUUUCAGUUAGUGCAGCUGGAACUGUGGCACAAGCAAGUACUGCUACUACUCAAGAAAAUGCCUUGAAAUGGGUUAAGAAAGACAAAAGAAGAAUGCUCCAUGUUGUUUACCGUGUGGGGGACGUGGAUAGGACCAUAAAAUUUUACACAGAGUGUCUAGGGAUGAAACUGCUUAGAAAACGUGACAUACCUGAGGAAAGAUAUACAAAUGCGUUUCUCGGAUAUGGUCCUGAAGAUUCUCACUUUGUGGUCGAACUCACUUACAACUAUGGGGUUGACAGCUAUGACAUUGGAACCGGUUUUGGCCAUUUUGGAAUUGCAGUUGAUGAUAUAACAAAGACAGUUGACCUCAUAAAAGCUAAAGGUGGUAAAGUUGCCCGGGAACCUGGUCCUGUGAAAGGUGGCAAAACUGUUAUUGCAUUCAUAGAAGAUCCUGAUGGUUAUAAGUUCGAACUUUUGGAAAGAGGUCCUACACCUGAGCCAUUGUGUCAAGUAAUGCUUCGAGUUGGAGAUCUUGAUCGUUCUAUUGAGUUCUAUGAGAAGGCUUAUGGCAUGAAACUUCUUAGCAAGCGAGACAAUCCUGAUUACAAGUAUACAAUAGCAAUGAUGGGCUAUGGUCCUGAAGAUAAAAAUGCAGUAAUGGAGUUGACGUACAACUAUGGGGUUACUGAAUAUGAAAAAGGAAAUGCUUAUGCUCAGAUAGCAAUUGGCACAGAUGAUGUUUAUAAAACGGCAGAUGCAAUAAAGCUCUGUGGUGGAAAGAUUACCCGAGAACCUGGACCCUUACCUGGUAUUAAUACCAAGAUUACUGCAUGUCUAGAUCCUGAUGGUUGGAAGACGGUUUUUGUUGAUAACAUUGAUUUUCUCAAGGAGUUGGAGUAA